GUUUAAAAACUGGUAUAGUUUUUCGGUGGUAUACUAAAUAGGAUUCUACUACUCUGCAGGAUGAACACGAAAAAAGAUGGCGAUGCACAGGUGGGGGACAUUAGAAUUGCCUCCAUGGUGGGAACUGAAGCGUCCAUGAAUACACUGAUACUUUGGAAUAUAUCCAAAGCUCUUCAACGAAACCCUCUUCUUGAUUUAAAGGCAGCUAUAAAAGACGCCCACGAUCGUCUGGACAACACUCGUGACGUGAACAAGAUCAUCACUCAGUCUCCGGAAGAGCGGCAUCUUGCUUGCGCCUUCUUGGCUUGGCAAGAACUUGGACACUCCACCGCUGAUAGUCUUUAUCGAUUUAUUGAAGAAAAAUUGGAUGAUCAUGAGCGUGCCGAGUGUGAAAAAAUUACACAAAAUGCAAAAAUAAAAAUAAUAAGUCCUGCAGACGAAUCUGAAAAUGAUAAAUCUGUGAAUUAUCUAAAAAGUAAACACUUAGAAUGUACACAUAAAUCUAAUCAAGACUCAAAAUCUAUUCCAAUAAGAUGCAUUAAAAAAAUUUACGGUGACUCGAAGUCUAAUUUGGAAACACGUACGCAAAAAUCACAAGUGAAUAAUGAUAAUUUUACUCAUUUAGAAUGCAUUCAUGUGGGUCAUAAAGAAUCAAAGUCUGGCCAAGCGAUGCGGUCUCAUUUGAGCAAUAAAGAGUCAAAACCUUCGGUAAAUUGUACACAUGAAACCGAAAAUGCUAAGAAAGGUGAAAGUAAAUCCUCUUAUCAUGUUCACAAUGUUUUAAAUAAUGAAGGUACAAUUGCUCACGAUUCUAGUUUUUGCAUUUUCAACGAUCCUGAUGGUAAAGAAGGAUAUUGUAGCGUUUCGAAGUGUCCAUUUAUCACAGCUGCAUGCUCGAAUAGUCCAAUAUAUAGACGAGUAAGUGUAGACAAUUGUAAUGAUUGCGAAAAUUAUGAUAAUUUUGACACUGGUUCGCUAAAAGGGCCCGUAGUAACGUUGCCUCCAGAGACGAAAGUAGUGAUGAGGUUUGAUAAUCAAUCAACAUGUGGUCGACAUCAGGGAAAGAAACCUAGAGAGGCAGAGAAAAAUGUUAUGAAAAAGAUUGAUGCAGCCUGUUGUAUGGAUUCUGCUUGUGCGGAGCGCCUGAUGGAACUGGAUAAGGCUACCACAGAGCUGCGUAACCGUGCAGCCAAGCUGGCACGGCGGGAGGCAGAAAGGGCCGAACUGUUGGAGCGGGCGGAGGCGGCGUGGAAGGACCUGGAGCUGGGUUACCAGCGCCGGUUGGCCCUUGCCGAGGAGAAAGAGUAUGACAUUGCUAAACAGACAAAGAAACUAAUAGAAAAUCGUAACAGCUACAAGGUCGUCUGUUUGAAUCUGGCAAAAGUGCUCAAAGAGAGAGGGGAGGCGACUGAGAAAGAUCGCCAGAAUUUGGUGCAAGUGGAGAAGGAGAUGUGUGGAUUGGCCUGUGUCCGAAUGCGGCUGAGCGAGGAAGCCGCCCGCAGCGAUGCCGUCGUCACCGAGCAGCACAUCAAGGUCGCACAGUUGGAUAGAGAUCUUCAAUUUAAAGAAGAGCAGACCCGCAGAAAGCUUGUAGUGAUUCAAGGUGAAGUGGACUCAGUGCGCGCGCUCACUGUAGAGGUGGAGCGAGCCUUACGCGCUGAGCUGGCCGCGCUCCGGGAACAGGUGGAGACUGUCUCCAAACAGUUGCUUAAGGAGGACAACGACAAUAUUAAGAUUAAGGCCGAGCUCGAAAGUUUAAGAAGUGAAAAAUUGGGCUUGGUCGAAGACUUAGAAGGUUGUCAGGGUUCCUGUGACCUGCGCAUGCAGAAGAAGAUGGAUGAGCUGAAGAAGGCCAAGGAAAGACUUGCUGCACUCAAAGACAAGGUUAUGGAGUGCAAGUGCAAGAUACCAAUAGACGCCGCUGUCACCGCUAAGAGGACGCCGUCUCUUGCGGCCCUCUGUACUUGUUCACCUGAAGACAAAUUAUUGGAGUCUUGUUCCUGUACUUCCCUACGGAGCCAAUUGCUGUCGAAUUUAUUGUCGGAUCUCUUUGGAGGGUUACAAGCAGAGCUAGGAGAUGUUGCAAUACAAAUGCCGUGCCAGUACUUGAAGUGUUUGGAAGACAAACACAAUUGGGACAAAGGAAGUUUAGUUAAAAGCAACCUCCGCAGUUACUUCUCCAAACUCUUGAUUGGAGAACUGGAUAUUGCUAUAGCUACCGCUAUUGAAAAAUAUCAUGCCAAAUGGGUUGGUAUUUCGUGUGUGGACACAAUGAGAUCGAUUCCGGAUACUGACACUGCCAAUACGGAGGGCUGGCAAGAACGAGCCAUUGAACGUCGGGCUCAGAAGCUUGCCAACAAGUUGGCCGAGCAAUUAUUCCAGGAGAGAGCAGACAAACUUGUUGAACGCGCAAAAGAUGCUGUUAAAUCAGGCCCACCCCCUUGCGACUGCAAACAGGAGACAGCUGUAUUUCCAUGUUUUGUAAACCAACCUACACUCAACAACGGACGAUUUAUUGAUAAAGAUGGACCGAUAUCUACAUAUUGGCGGAAGACUUAUAAAGACGUUACGCAGCUCCGAGUUCAAAUAGAAGAUUUAAAGAAGGAAUCUUUGAAAAAAGAAGAUUUGAAAAUAAUGGAGGAAAAGAUUUUUCAAAUCGUCCAACGUCCAUCGGAGUAUAAAUCACCAAUGGUGACUAAAGAAAUCAAGCCGAAUGAAUCAAAUAAUAUUGAAUGUACUAGUAAUAAGGAGACUAAAUCUCUGAAUCGGACAGUAAAUACAGAAACAGUAUCAAAGCAUCCAGCACAGCUUUCAAAACAUGCAUCAAUUAGAAAAAAGAACGUGGAAGUUAAUAGUCUUACAAAAAAAAACCCAAGAAAAGUUUUAAAUGAACAAACAGAUCGUUUUAAUAAACAUCUUAAAAAACUUGGCCCAGUACAGGCUUUUGCUGUCAAUACCUGUUUUUGCGGAAAUCAAAAUCCAAUAUCUAAAUUAGCAGGUGAAGACAUACCUUUACAUAAAUCAAGCGCUGACAACGAAGACAAAGCUUUACAUAAGCAAUCCAGAACUAUGUCCAAUCAAAUUUCAAGUCCAAAACCAUUGAGCGUAGAAAUAGAAACAAACUUCGAUAAGAAUAAGACGCAUAAAUCAUGUACAAGUGGUUGUAUUUGUUUCCAUAAAAUACCAUCUAACACAUCAAUAGAUAAACUUUUUGAAAAACUAACCGAAUGGAAAAGUAAUUUAAUAGCUACUUCAGGAUUGCCUGAUAGCAAGAGUAAGUUAACGACGACUCUGGAUACAAAUAAAACCCAACAAAAAGAUUACGAGUUUAAUAAAUCAGAACGUGGAAUUCAACCGAAUUUAGUAUAUCAUGUUAGCCGUACAAAAUUUAUUUCUGACAUAAGUAAAAAUACAUCAACAGAUGUUAAUACAAAUUUGCUUACAAACGCAACAGAAUCAGAAUAUAUGGGUGCGAUUAAUUUGGAAAAAAGUAAUGAUCAAUGUAAGUGUACUAGUACAAAGCAACAAAAAAUAAAUAAAAAAGAGGACAAUUCAAGCUCACUUUUCAAAUGUAUCAAUUCAGAAUCCUGUGAAUGUAAAAAAUCUUCAGGUAAAAGAACCGAUAUAUUAAAUCCUGACAAGAAAAAAUCCAGACUGGAAUCAUCAAAGAGAUACGGUUAUAUCAAUGAUUCGUUACUAAAAAUGAAAACAAAUGUUUCAAGCAACAAUGAGAAUCAACGACUCUCAGAAAAUGACAAUAAAGUUGACCAUAAAACUGAAACUGCUAUUAAUCAAAUCGUGAAAUCAUCUGAUUUAUUUCCUAGUGACUGUGAUUACUAUGUUAAACUUUUGGGUGUUACUCUGGCUAACAUUAGCUCUCAGAAGGUUUUUGAUGACAAAAAUAGUAUUUCGAACAGAAAACAUAAAACUGAGUUACCAUCAAUUAGUAACUUACAAACCUUCAACGAUUCUUUAAAAAAUGGUUCUCAUGGAAAUGAGCAGCUCAAUGUUCAGUCUUGUCAAUGUCAUGUAGAGUUUGACCAAUUUAAAAAUUAUAUGGAAAAUAAUUUCAAAAAACAACGAGGUGAUCAUUUAACAAGCGAUAAAAAACUUGAUGUCCCAAGUUUUAAAGAGGUUUCUCUAAAUAAUGAACUACCUUGUAUUUGUUGUAAUAGUGGUACUAAGAUUGAAUCGAAAGAAUUAGAAGUUAAUACUUUUUAUUUGCUAGAAGAAUAUUUACGGAGCAAAUUAGAAGAAUUAAAACAUUCUUGCUGUAAAUUUUCAAUUUUACCUUUUGAUGAAGAAGAAAAGUUAUUUUCUACUAUACUACAACGAGUUAAACAUAUUAUUUCUACUAGUACAAAUGAAAUAUCAUGUAAUUGCAAAGAAGGAAAGCAUUCAAAUGGAAAUUGGAAUCGAGCAAAUACAUUAUUACAAGAAUAUCUAAAAACUAAAAUUAAAAGAGUCCAAUGUUUGUGUGGAAAUGACAAUCAAAAGCAAGAUUGUAUCUUGCCAAAAGUUUUGGAUGAAAUAUAUAGCCUGAUAGAGAAAGAUUUUCAACGUCUUAAAAAUGUUUGCAAGAGUCAAGAUGUAGCUAGAAAGAAUAAAAUGAAUGAGGUACGUAAAGACGAGGUACCAGAAAAGGAUAUAAAUGAUGAACUAAACAAACAUGAGAUUAAAAUUUCCUUUGAUACAAAUCUCACAAAUGAUAUUGAAAAAUUGACAAAAUCUAAUUCGAAUAAGUCAAUUAUACUCAAGCAAAGUAUGUCAGCUCAAGUACCUCUUAAUUUGGGAAUGGCUACAAAAUCAUGUGAUGCUAUGGAAAAAGAAACAAAAAACGUCCAAACAUCAGAAUCGAUGAAGAGUGUCACAGAAAGGGGUUACAAUUCUGUGGAAAUAGAUAGUUGCAAUUGUAAUUCUAAAAUGAGUACUUUUGGAACACCAGAAGUUUUAGUUAAUCACCAUAUUUAUAAAGUUAAAAAUAAUGGAUUUUCAAAUUAUUCUAAGAAUAAUGAUAAUAAUAUUGCAGAGCGAAACAAAGUCGAACAUAAUGAAAAAUCAUCUUGUCCAUAUAUAGGCUAUACUGUGGAUUGUUCAUGUAAAUGUGCUCUUGGUACUUGUACAUGUAUAAAGUCAACAGUUAUGAGAAAUAAUAACCAAAUUACCAACUUGUGGAAUGAUUUGACUAAAGACCAUAAACAAUCUAAAAAUUAUACUUAUAUUAUGAACAAUGUAUCAAAAAAACACAAAAACCGACCUGCUAAUAAUAAAUUACAUGAAAACUCUAUUUCACAUAGAAACCAAAGAUCAAAGAAUAUUGAAAGCAAUUUCUUUGAUGAAGGCGAAGAAAUAGUUCUUAAAUCUUCGAAUAGAAAUAUAAUGGUUUCAAAUAAUUCUGCAAAUACUUCAAAUAGUAAUUUACACAUCUGCGACAACAAAUUGGAAGUUGAAAAAGAUGACAUUUGUGAAUGUCGUGUAAAGCCAAUUCUGAAGAGUAAUAUUCGAAGUGAAUCUCAUUUAUCUUACCCUACAAAUAUGCACAAAACACAAUCAUUAAGCUGUGAUUGUAAUUUAGUUCCUGUAUGUCAUGUAAAAAUGUUGGUGGACAAUAUAGAAAAUAAAUUUUUUCACUCGAAAUGUACUUGUGACUCGUUAAAUGCAAGAGUUUGUCCUGUACAUUCAAAAAGUCUUUACUGAUAAUUUUCGCUAGUAUGAUAACUCACUCUAGGGUCACGAAUAAAUUUAACUGAGACAUGUUAUACAUAUAUAGAUAAUACCUGUUUUUCUGAUAACUUAUAUUUUAUUGUUUGAACACA